AAUAACAAACUGUCUUAAGACUGCCUAACACCAUUCAAAUUGCAAUUAUUCGCUGAUCGGUUGGUGACUGGAGUAGCUGGCCACUUCCGUCCUAGUCACGUGGGACACCUGGCCACCAGGUAGCGCUCCUCAUCGUCCUUUGGGUAGACAAGUGAAGGAAAAGAUCUUAUCUGUGUCCAGUCAUGGCAUGUAGCUCUCUCCGCCUCCUCAUCACCAUCUUAUUGCUCUUGGUGUUCUUAGCUCCCAUUGAAACAGAUAACAGAGGCAAAGCCAGUCGAGGAAGGAGUAAAGGUAGAGGACCCAGAUGGUGGAGUGUUGUAGAUUCGGAAGAACCUAGCAAUUUGGUAUUGGAAUCUCAUCACAACGCGAUAUCAUCGGGCGAUACAAAUGUGCCAUUACGUCGGAAACAAGAGAGAUUGGUGCAAGAAAAUCCAGGAGUUUUACUUGCCAUUAGUAAAGGACUUAAAAUGGCCUUACAUGAAUGUUGUCGUGAAACUGCUUUUGUAUAUGCCAUUACGAGUGCGGGUGUAACGCAUGCAGUUUCUCGUGCAUGCAGCGAAGGUUUGAUGGAGACUUGCACAUGCGAUUAUCGACAUCGGGGUCCUACUGGUGCCGACUGGGAAUGGGGAGGUUGCAAUGACAAUGUGGAUUUUGGUUACAAGUUUGCGAGAGCUUUUGUGGAUGCAGCGGAAAGAGGAAGAGAUCUACGAUAUAUUAUGAACUUACAUAAUAACGAAGCGGGACGAAUGCAUGUGUCUGCAGAGAUGAGAAGAGAAUGCAAGUGUCACGGAAUGUCAGGUAGCUGUACAGUAAAAACUUGUUGGAUGAGGCUACCUUUAUUCAGAGAUGUAGGAAACAAUCUGAAAGAUCGAUUCGAUGGUGCUUCUAGAGUACUAGUUAGUAAUCAAGGAAACUUUCGCAGAUACAAAAGAAAAUAUAGAUUUCAACUCAAGCCUUAUAAUCCCGAACAUAAACUACCGUCCAGAAAGGAUCUGGUGUAUUUUGAGGCAUCUCCGGAUUUCUGUGUGCCAAAUCCUAAAUUAGGUAUCGUUGGAACUAAAGGAAGGACAUGUAACGAUACUUCUAUAGGAGUGGAUGGUUGUGAUCUAAUGUGUUGCAACAGAGGAUAUGUCACAGAAGUUAGGGAAGACUUUCAAAGAUGUGCGUGCACAUUCCAUUGGUGCUGUCAAGUAAAGUGUAAAAUCUGCAAAGUCAAGAAAACUGUUCAUACCUGUUCGUAGUCUUUAUUUGUGAAUUAAUAAAGAUUUUCGAAACACUCCAAUCACGCUUCAGGUUAUUUAAGACUAAAUAAACAUUAGGUUCCUUCAGAAAAGAAUACGGAAUCCAAAAUUACGUGAAGUGCUAAUUAGAGAGAAUCGGAGGAGAUGCUAAUUUGUGAAGACAAAUGUUGCUUUGAUAGAAGAAAGGACAUUUUGUAUAUAUUGAUUAUGCCAUUCUUCUACGUCGACAUAGAGUUCCUCUCCUGUUACGACGAUUUCAUUAUAGUCCGCGUUGUAACUGCUUAGACAAUCUUACAAAUUCAUAGUCCGCAGGAGAUAUAUUCUUAUCAUCAUUUUCUGUAUUCUAUCAGAUUUACUUUUGUAAUAAAUAUUUUUAAUACU